AUGAGAACUUGGUUUGGUCGCGGUAAAAAGCUGCAGCGCGCAGUAACAUCAUGCUGUCUCUGCGCCUUCGUCCUCUACGGUUACGACCAAGGUGUCUUUGGCGGCAUUCUUGAAAACGAAGAUUGGUUACGCCAAUUCGAUGAUCCUGGUGAUACCCUCACUGGUUUCAUCACAUCGAGCUAUAACUUGGGAUGUUUGGUCGGCUGUUUCAAGAAUUUCGUCGUUGGUGAGAAACUUGGUCGACGAUGGACCAUUUGGGUUGCUAUGGGAUGGAUUCUUGUUGGCGCGGCGUUGCAAGCGACUGCGUUUACGCGGGCUCAUCUUAUUGUUGGGAGAAUUGUUACUGGUGUUGGUACUGGGCUUAAGACUUCUACUGUGCCUAUGUACCAGUCCGAACUUUGUGAAGGCACGAAACGAGGUCGUCUGGUCUCGGCAGAAGUCAUGUUUGUCGGCAUUGGUAUAGCAUUCGCUUACUGGUGGGACUUUGCCUUCAGUUUCGUCGGAGGAUCCUUCGCUUGGCGAUGGCCACUCGCUUUCCAAGCCGUCUUUGCCUUUUGGGUUAUCUUUGUCGUAUUUGGUGUACCCGAGUCCCCACGAUGGCUUCUCAAUCAUGGGAAGCGACAAGAGGCCAUUGAAGUCCUUUCAGCUGUCUACGAUAAACCAAUCGAUCACCCUGAUAUUCUGCGAGAGGUUAAUUCAAUCGAAGCGGCCUUGUCUAUGGAGGCUGAGGCUGAGGGCAGUACUUCAUGGGCUUCGACGUUUAGAAAGGACAAGGUUAGCACAAGGUAUCGUGUUUUCUUAGCUUGGUUCGUGCAGUUUAUGAACCAAGCCGGCGGAAUCAACUUGGUAGUAUACUACAUCCUCACCGUCCUCACCAGCAACGUCGGUCUCGAGCACAGACUAGCCCAAAUCAUUGCCGGCUGCAUCCAACUCAUGUUCCCCAUCGGUUCCCUCCUUCCUACCCUGGCUCUAGACAAGAUGGGUCGUCGAUCAACCAUGAUGUGGGGAUCAGCCGGAUUAUCAUUCUCUAUGAUGAUGGUCGCUGCGCUUUUAUCCCAAGCAGAUGAUACGCCACGAGGAAGAGCCUUUGCUGCUGGUUCAGUCGCUUUCUUCUUUACGUAUAUGCUUAUCUUUGGUGCGAGUAUGAAUUGUGUGCCUUGGGUUUAUGUACCUGAAAUUUUACCGCUUCAUGCUAGGACUAAGGGCACUGCUAUUGGCGUUAGUUCGAAUUGGCUUUGGAACUUCACAGUGGUCAUGAUCACACCCAUCCUCAUCAACCGUCUCCAAUGGAAGGCGUAUCUCAUCUUUAUGGCAACCAACAUCAUUUUCGUACCGAUCAUCUUCUUCUUGUAUCCAGAAACUUCCAAUCUGGCACUUGAAGAAGUGGAUUAUAUCUUUGCCCGUGGUGAAAACAGUAUUCAAGUGGCUCGCGAGAUGCAGAAGGAGCUUGCUCUUCAUGGGCAUUUGUCUGAUGAGAGGCAUCUUGGAAGGGGUGAUAUGAGAACCAAGUCUAAGGAGGGACAUGACGAGCUUGCGGAACAUGCACAUGCUUGA